AUGGAAGAAAUCCUGCACCACCUUGGAUGGUUGAAACCCUAUAGAUACUGGGAUAAACCACCAAUCAACUGGUGCAGGAUUUCGCAACCAUCCACAGUAUGUUUCUCAUUUUCACAUGGCCACCUUCAGCUGCUCCCAGCUCCCCAGAUCGAGCGUUGGGUGAAGCGAACGCAGAAGAUCGGGCCCCGAAAAGUCACGGGAGUUUUGCAGCGCUUGACCAAGGAGCGAGGUCCUGCAUUGACUGCUGAAGUCCUAAAGUCCAUGAAGGAGCAGCAAAUGGAGGUGAACAUCUUUCAUGUGGGCGCUGUCAUUGGAGCCUGCCGACAGGAUUGGCAACUGGCGCUGAGCUUCUUGAGAGGGGCAAUGGAUGAUUCUUUAGAGGUGGACCAGAUCAGUUACAAUGCAGCCAUCAGCAGCUGCCAGCGUGCCGCUCUGUGGCGCGCCGCGCUGGCCAUUCUGCAGGACAUGGCCAUGGAGUCAGUAUCUCCGAACAUCAUCAGCUACAAUGCCACGAUUGCAUCAUGUGAAGAGGGGGGAAUAGCUUUAUCUCUGAUAGAAGAGAUGAGCCUCCAGCAGAAUCAGCCUGAUGUGAUCAGCUACAAUUCUGCAAUCAGCGCAUGUGGUAAAACCGGAGAGUGGCAAGCGGCCUUGCACUUGUUUGACUUCAUGGCAAGCAGAGAUUUGAUCAGCUACAAUGCCGCUAUGAGCGCAUGUGCCAGGAGCCAGUGUUGGCAGCAGACUUUCCAUCUACUCCGAAGCAUGGAGCAGCAGCAACGGCCGGAUGAGGUGUCGUAUGGCGCUGUGAUGCGUUCUCUGUCGGGGGUGGCCUCACAGUGGUUGCUGGCUCUGGAACUCCUACGUGAGACGGACAGAAGGCGGCUGGAAGCGAACUUGAUCAUUCGAAAUUCGGCCUUGUUUGCCAUCGGUCAUGGGAACUGGCGAAUGGUCCUCUCGCUAUUGCAUGAUCAGCAGGUGGUGGAUGUGGUGACCUUCACCGCGGCCUUCCAGGCCCUGGAGGUUGGCCCCUCAAAGGUGGCGCUGGCACUGCUGGAAGUGGCAAAACGCCAGGUCCAGCUGGAUCCAGCGUGUCGCAACAGCGCAGUCAACGCCUUGACGAAGGGGACACGUUGGGACCUAGCGCUGCACGGCUGUUUGGUGAGCCAUGGCGACAUCGUGGGAUACACAUCGCUGAUGAGUCACUGCCCCUGGGAGGUCGCAAUGAGCCUGUUGCAGUCCAUAAUGGAUCGACAGCUCAAAGCCGAUCUCUUGACUUUUGGUGCCUGUCUUUGCGCUUGUGAGAAGUCUGGGCGAUGGGAGGUUGCCUUGAAUUUCUUGAUGGCGAUGGCAACCACGAGUUGCCAAGCUGACACCAUGUGCUGCAAUGUGGCACUGAGUGCAUGUGAGAAUUCGAGCCAAUGGGAGAUGGGGCUUUCUCUUCUCUUCGGUGGAAUUGGUGGAAUUCAGUGUGAUACGGUGAGCUUCAACGCUGCCCUCAGCUCUUGCGCGACGGGGCACCAGUGGCCUUCGGCCUUGGAGCUCUGGCGUCAGCUGCCCAACCUGGAGCUGGAGCCGGAUCUGAUCUCAUACAACGCGCUGAUUUCCAGUUGUCAAGGUCAGUGGCAGUUGGCACUGUGGUUCUUAGAGGAUCUUCAAAGACAAGAGAUGCUGCCUGACAUUGUGACACUCAACAGUGCCAUGAGUGCGCUGACCAGCUGGCAGCAAGUGUUGCUUCUCUUUGAGGAAGUCUCUGGUGAGGGUCCCCAGGGCGACAUCAUCAGCUACGGCAUUUGCUUGGACGCCAUGGCGGCCGCAGCGCAGUGGCCUUGGGCCGUUGAGCUCUUGGAGGCCAUGUCAAAGCAGAUACUUCGGGCCAACGCCCUUGUUUACUCUGCAGCAAUCCUGGCAUGCGAGCACUGUGAGCAGCACCAGGUGGCAGCGGAACUUCUCUGGCAGAUGCGAGAAGAACACAAGGGACCCAGGACGGAAGCCACGGCUUAA